GGCGGGCCUUGCAGGGCGGUGCCCGGGCUGCUGAGGAGGAGGAAGAUGGCGCCGUGAGGGGGGUCCGAGCUGCUGCCGCCUCCUCUUCCCCGCCGUACCAGCCUCUGAUCUUUCCUAGAGGUGGGGAGCAGGGGUGUCCUUACAGAUGUUGUCUUGGACUGCAGAUUCCAUCAGCCUGACCAGCAUAGCCAAUGACCCAGAGGACAGUAUGGCUGCCACUGCUACUGUAAGCCCCAGUGAAUAUUUACAACCUGCUGCUUCAACAGCUCAGGAUUCUCAGCCAUCUCCACUCGCCCUCCUUGCUGCCACAUGUAGUAAAAUUGGUCCUCCAGCUGUUGAAGCAGCCGUUGCCUCUCCUGCCCCUCCUCAGCCUGCCCCUCGAAAACUGGUCCCCAUCAAGCCUGCUCCACUUCCACUGAGUUCCAACAAGAACAGCAUUGGGAUCUUGUCUUCGAAAGGGAACCUCUUCCAGAUCCAGGGCUCUCAACUUGGGACCUCAUAUCCUGGGGGGCAGUUAGUGUUUACCAUCCAGAACCCAGCUGUAAUCAACAAAGGGGCCCACUCCCCUGCCAACAUCCAGUACCAGGCAGUUCCACAGAUACAAACAACAUCGGGGCAGACUAUUCAAGUCCAGCAGAACUUGGGCAACCAAAUACAGAUUAUUCCAAGUUCCAUCCCUACUUCCUCUUCUUUAUCGUCUUCCUCCUCCUCUUCUUCAACUCAUAAGCCUGUGCCAAUCAAACCAGCACCAGCUCACAAGACCCCGGCCUCUGCUGUCCAUAGCCCCACUAACGUUGUCAAGUUAACCGGCACCAGUGGGAACGUCACCCUUACACUGCCAGUGAGUAAUCUGGUCACAGCUGGAGAGACUAACAGCCAGACUCAGAUUGUCCCAGACAGCCCCUCAAAACCAAGCAAAAAGGCCCGUAAGAAGGCGGUGUCAUCAGCCCAGACAGCUUCGAUGGCUGUGACUGAGCAAGUGGAGACAGUCUUGAUAGAGACCACAGCUGAAAAUAUCAUCCAGGCAGGGAACAAUCUGUUGAUUGUGCAGAGCCCUGGGUCUGGCCAGCCAGCAGUGGUCCAACAGGUACAAGUGGUCCAACCCAAGCAAGAACCACAGGUUGUUCAGAUCCCCCAACAAGCUCUGCGGGUGGUCCAGGCGGCCUCAGCCACGCUCCCCACAGUUCCCCAGAAGUCCCCACAAAACUUCCAGAUCCAGACAAGUGAGCCCGUCCCCACUCAGGUGUACUUCAAGACACCUUCUGGUGAGCUGCAAACAAUGUUGCUCCAAGAAGGCCCUGGCAUUACUGUGGCCCCUUCCCCCACUGCUUCCUCCAUCACCUCCUGCAGCAGUCCUGCACCUCGCUGUUCCCAAACAGGAGGCAGUACCAAAAAGACAGGGGCUCGCAAAGAGCGUGCCCUGCCAAAGAUCGCUCCUGCUGGGGGCAUCAUCAGCCUCAAUGCUGCUCAGCUCGCCGCAGCUGCUCAGGCCAUGCAGACCAUCAGCAUCAAUGGAGUUCAGGUUCAAGGCGUUCCCGUCACUAUCACCAACACAGGAGGCCAACAGCAGCUGACAGUGCAAAAUGUCUCAGGCAACAACCUGACUAUCAGUGGCCUGAGCCCCACUCAGAUCCAAUUGCAGAUGGAGCAGGCACUCUUGGGAGAGCUGCAGCCAGGAGAGAAGAGACGGCGAAUGGCUUGUACCUGCCCCAAUUGCAAGGACGGGGAGAAAAGGUUGGGUGACCAGGGUAAGAAGAGGCAUAUCUGCCAUGUUCCUGAAUGUGGCAAGACCUUCCGCAAGACCUCUCUGCUGCGGGCUCAUGUGCGCCUACACACAGGGGAGCGCCCUUUUGUGUGCAACUGGGUCCUUUGUGGGAAGCGGUUCACACGCAGUGAUGAGCUGCAACGGCACGCCCGGACACAUACAGGUGACAAACGUUUUGAGUGCGCUCAGUGCCAAAAGCGCUUCAUUAGAAGUGAUCAUCUGACGAAGCACUAUAAAACCCACCUGGUCACCAAGAACUUGUAGGGUUGGAUGCAACCAGGAAAAGUGGGGGAGCAGUAGGGGUGGUAAUAACCCCUUCAUGUGGGCGAUGGGAAUCUCCACAAGGAGAGCAAAAUGCCUAAGAAACACUCCUCAUUGGGACAAUGGCAUCUGUGCAGGGAACUGGUUAACAGCCACUGUUCCUUGGCUCAGACGACCUCUACUCCUUUGGAACUUCUUCGAAGGAUCAUCAGACGCUGUGGCUUCAGCUCAGAAUGAAGGCAACUAUCUGGGACCUAAAAUCAGCACAAAGCCGAGCAGUGAUCAGGGGAUGAAACAGCUAGGCACGAAGCCCAUCUACCCACUGGCCUCAGGAGCUUGAAAAGCGAACUCCCUGUUCUGCUACACCCAGGGGCUUCCUUGUGCCCUUGAUAGUAGCACCAGUGAACUGUAGAUCCCACUCAAAAUUCUGCUUCCCUCUUCCCAUCCGCUGCCCCCAUGUGCUUGUGAAGCUUUUGAAUGGGGGACCAGGAAACCACCUGAAAACGGGACUCUCAGUCCUCCAAGCACAUUCCUACUUUAUAUUUAAAAAAUAUAAAUAUAUAUAUAAAUAUAUAUCUCUAUAUUAAAAAGAACCUACUUAGGAAACCUUUUUUUUCUACAGAGAAUGUUGCCUUAUAUUUCCCCCCAGUUUCAAAUUAUGUAUUGUGAGCAAUUUUUUAAUUUAAUUGUGUGUAUGUGUUUUUUUUUUAAAGCCCAAAGUCUCUGCGAAUGCAAGGCCCUGUCCCCCAACAGUGCCAUUGUCAGGUCAUGCUUUGUGUACGCCCAGGACUUUCUAGGAUGUGUGUGGCAGAAGCACUUUGCUCAGGAGAGUAAUGGAUGUCCAUUUGUGAACAGCAACCCUUGUCUGUAGUUACUAGAGUUGCUGGAUCAUAGCUGUGGGCCCUCGGCAAGGCAGCCACAAAUAAAACAGAAGGAUGAACUUAUACAAAUUGUAUCAGGAAGCUAUGUGGCUUCAUGUGCAAUUCUGCACUGCUUGGUUCAGCAGCUUUCUGUGCACAUCGUGGAACAGCUCCAAAUGUAAAACCAGAUUGCUUUCACUGAAUUAGAGCAAUAUGCCACUAUCCUUUUCGGGAUUGUACUUAACAGGCCCUGGUAAAAUCAGGUGAUGGUGUGUGUGCUAAAAUACAAGCAUUUUUUACCAUCAAAAAUUGAGUUCAUUCCUUCUUUCAUCCCAGAUCCUUCGUUGGGGUUUUUUWAAAAAAMAAUUUCUAGGCAAACUGGUGUUUUCCUUCCCCUCACCUUUCUCCUUUAAUUUUUUUGUUCUCUURGAUUUCUUUUUCUAGGCAAACUGGUGUUUUCCUUCCUAUCGCCCUUCUUCUUUAAAGUACUUCCUAUCACCCCCCCCCCCCAUGUAUUAUAGUGUAUAUUGUAUCAUAGACUAUAUAUUGCAUUAUGUGUUUCCUACAUGUUUCAAAAACAUAAGGCUUGUUAUUUUUGAGCUUUUAAAUUAAAAAAAUCCACUUUA